AUGGUACUGUCAACCCGACUUGUGGUUAUGUUACUACUCACAGUCCUUGUGAUAACCGCAUUUAACGAAUAUACCCCUGGACCUGUGACAUACAAUGCCAAGUCCGUUAUUGUUGGUGGGAAUCCGAUACUUAUAUUCUCGGGUUCCAUUCAUUAUCCUCGAAGCACUCCUGAGAUGUGGCCAGAUAUUAUAAGAAUGGCAAAAGAAGGAGGAUUAAACACUAUUGCAACUUAUGUUUUUUGGAACGCUCAUGAGCCUGUUCAAGGCCAGUAUAAUUUUACAGGAAAUUAUGAUUUGGUGAAAUUUAUCAAAUUAAUUGCUGAACAUAAAAUGUAUGUUGUUCUACGACUUGGGCCCUUCAUUCAGGCAGAAUGGAAUCUUGGAGGACUGCCAUUCUGGUUAAGAGACAUCCCCAACAUCGUAUUCCGCUCAUAUAACGAACCAUACAUGAAACAUAUGAAAAGAUACAUCGAAUAUAUGGUAAAUAUGAUGAAGGCGGAGAAGUUGUUUGCGCCUCAAGGAGGACCUAUCAUCAUGGCACAGGUUGAAAACGAGUACAAUCAUGUUCAAGAAUCAUACAAAGAAAAAGGCACUCAAUACGUCAAGUGGGCAGCAGACAUGGCAACCUCGUUGUAUCCCGAUGUCCCGUGGAUCAUGUGCAAGCAAAAGGAUGCUCCUCAGAAUGUUAUAAGUACAUGCAAUGGAAGGCAUUGUGCAGAUACCUUUAUGGGCCCAAAUAGCCCAGACAAGCCUUCUUUAUGGACUGAAAACUGGACCGCUCAAUACCGGGUUUUUGGAGACCCACCAUCUCAAAGAGCUGCUGAAGAUAUUGCAUUCUCAGUUACUCGGUUCUUCAUGAACAAUGGAAGCAUGACUAAUUACUACAUGUAUCACGGUGGUACCAACUUCGGAAGAACUAGCUCGUCAUUUGUGACCACUCGCUACUAUGAUGAAGCUCCCCUUGACGAAUUUGGGUUGAUAAAAGAACCCAAAUGGAGUCACCUUCGAGACCUUCACAAAGUCUUGAGGAUGAUGAAGAAGCUCUUUCUUACGGGUACUCGUAAAGUACAAGAGAUCAAUAAGUUUGUCCAAAUUAUAACGUAUGAAAAACCCGAAAGCAAGCUUUGUGCGGCUUUCUUGAGCAACAAGCACAAGAAAAUUCAUCGGACUGUUGAUUUUAGGGGAAAACAAUAUUUCCUUACUCGACGAUCCGUUACGAUCCUUCCUGAUUGCAAAAAUAUCGUUUUUAACACAGAACUUAUCACGUCACAACAUAACUCAAGGACCUUCGUCCCUUCAAAAAGAGCUAACAAUUUUAAAUGGGAAAGCUACCGGGAGUCUAUUCCAACAUUUAACGAUUUACAGAUGCGAAGUAAAACACCAAUGGAGCUCACCGCCGCGACUAAAGAUACCACAGAUUAUAUGUGGUAUAGUACCAGCAUAAAUCUUGAUAAAGAUGAUCUACCUAUGCGAGCAGAUAUCAUGCCGGUUAUUCGAAUUCAAAGUCUUGGUGAUGCUUUAUUAACGUUUGUUAACGGACAAUAUAUAGGGUUUGGACAUGGAAGCUUCAUAGAAAAAUCAUUUACGUUUUCUAAACCUGUGAGUUUGAAGCUCGGAGCCAAUCAUAUAUCAAUCUUGGCAAUGACAGUUGGAUUACCGAACAGUGGAGCGUAUAUGGAGAAGAGGUUUUCGGGUAUCCGAGCUGUUAUGCUGCAGGGUAUGAGUUGUGGUACUCUUGAUAUCACUCUUAACCAAUGGGGGCAUAAGGUUGGCGUUGAGGGAGAAUCCCUUCAAUUAUUCACAGAAGAAGGAUCGACGAAAGUUAAAUGGGUCCCGGCAACCAGACCGGGAACACCUAUUACAUGGUAUAAGACGCGUUUUAAUGCCCCAGAAGGAAACGAUCCGGUGGCUAUUAAGAUGGAGAGAAUGGGCAAAGGAGUAGUUUGGGUCAAUGGUUACAGCAUUGGUCGUUAUUGGGACAAUUAUCGUUCUCCACUAGGAGCACCUUCUCAAACCGAGUAUCACAUCCCAAGGUCAUAUUUAAAACCAAAGAACAACCUUUUGGUCGUGUACGAGGAGAGUAGUGGAACAAUAGACGGUAUUGUGAUCAACACUGUGAAUCGUGAUAUAAUUUGUAGCAACAUGGGUGAAGACUAUCCACCAAAUGUCGACUCAUGGAAGAUGGACAACGACAUUCUCAAAGCAGUGGUUGAAAAGCCUAAACCUGGAGCUCAACUUACUUGCGACCCCGAUAAAUUUAUCAAGGAAAUCCAAUUUGUGGGCUUUGGCAAUCCAUGGGGAUCUUGUGGUACCUAUAUGCAAGGAACAUGUCAAGCCCCUAAUGCCAAGAAAGUUGUUGAAAAGGCUUGCUUGGGGAAGAAUAGUUGCAGAGUGCCGAUCGAUAGAGCAAUUUUGGGUGAACCGACAGGUGAUGCUUCUUGUGCUCAAGAAAAGGUAAAAAGACUUGCUAUCCAAGUAAGGUGUGGGAGAAAGAACGAAAUAUAGAUAGA